AUGCCACGCAGCCCUCCCAUCAUCCACGAAGAAUAUGACAGUGACGAUUGGGAAUCCGAGUCCGAUGGUGAAAGAUCGCAAGACGCUACAGGCAUUGCAAUCCCUCAGCUGCUGCCAGUCCCUGCGACACUCGCGAAACCCGGCGAUAGCCUCUGCGACACUUGCAAAUCCCUCAACCUCAGCGCGAAACGAUUCGUCGUAUUCCCAAGCGACAACCUGAAGGCCAAUAAGCCGGACGAUCCCAACAUGCACUUGGGGCUCGUCGUCGACAUCCGAAGGAAGUCCCAUUGCCCAUUCUGCCGACUCGUUCUCAGAGCUCUAGGUCCAAACCUCCCGACGAUGGUUGACGGAAAGCCCGUAGAGGUCACCAUGAGCUGGAACACAGAGGGCCCAAUUCCCGACCCUAACCAGCCAUGGCACCACAUACCCCAAAUCCGCGUCCUCAGGCCGUACGCGCAGAAGAAGGGAGGCGGAUAUUUUGGAGGUCCGAAUAUGCUCAACAUGUUCCCAGAAAUUACGCUUCUUGCGAACGACGCUCCUACCCCUUCCAAGACGUUCUUCCUCCGCCUGCUCAACAAUCAAAUCGAUUUUGCGAUGGUGCGCAACUGGCUGACCAUGUGUGAGACCUGGCAUGGGGGUCACUGCACCAGCAAGGCGGACAUGCUCGACAAAGACCUAAGUGACCCAGCGACAGAGAUACCAUCGUUUCGUGUGAUCGACGUCGUGGACAACUGCAUCAUACCAGCUCCCAACAAGUGCAAGUACGCCGUCUUGAGCUAUGUUUGGGGGAAGAUAGACCCGAGCACCAUUCUGCGAAACCUCAAGAACGUUGUCAACGAACUGGAGAAACCUGGCGCGCUUGUGUCGGAAGAAAACUACGAUCGGAUUCCGAUAACGAUUCGGGAUGCGAUGUGGGUGACAAGAGAGUUGGGACUCCGAUACCUCUGGGUCGAUAGCUUGUGCAUUGUUCAGGACGACAGCGAGCAAGGAGGAAGCAAGAUGCAGGCCAUAGCAAAGAUGGGCCUCGUCUACGGUGCCGCGUACAUAACAAUCAUAGCCGGGACGGGAACCGAUGCCAACGCUGGCCUUCCUGGGGUGCAUGCAGAUAGCCGCGGUGUCGAUCAGGCAGUGGAAGAACUCCUUCCAGGCCUUAGGUUGGGCUUUAAACCGAAGUGGCAAGACCACAUCCCAGGUGCAACAUACUUCACGCGGGCCUGGACAUUUCAAGAACAGCAGUUUUCGAGGCGCAGCCUUGUGUUUAUCGGAGGACAGGUAGUUUUCAGGUGUAUGCAGACGGAUCAGUGGCGAGAGGAUGUUGUCUUCGAGGAACGACGCAGCAGAUAUGGAAGUACCGCACGCAGCGCACGGGAUACCGACGAUAUAGGAAAGUAUGAGGGGUUGCUUCAAUCGUACUCUGGCCUCUCCAUCACGUUUGAAAGCGACAUUUACCAUGCAUUCGCUGGUAUGAUUCGCUUCAUCCAAAGGGAGCUGAAGGCAAAUCUCGUUCACGGACUUGCGGACGCGUAUUUCGACUGGUCCCUUCUCUGGACUGCACUGGCCCCUCAAGAGCGCAGAAAUUGGGCCCCAAGUUGGUCCUGGUCUGGCUGGAAAGGCCAGUCGUGGCCGCACAUGUGGGACUGGUACAGCCGCAGCAUCGCUAGAAUUCGCAAGGCACAAAGGAAACGCACAUGGAUAAUCUGGUACCAACGCAAGGCACAUGACUCCGAAGAGUAUGUUCGAGUUUGGGGGCCCAAGAAAUUUUCUUCGGCUCCAUCAGGCCCUAGAAACUUCUACGGCGCUCAUGUACAGGACCGCUUCCCAUUCGAUUGCACUCAGACUCUUCCAACACGGCGCAGGUUGGUCGCUGCGCCGGCUUACAUCGAGGAUACAUACAAUCCUGCUCCAGGCUCCGGUUUCUUGCAGUUCUGGACCGUCUCCGUUACGUUCAAAGUCGGGAAAUCGGUGAGCAAAGAAACCAAGAGGGGUCCGGAAAACACGCAUAUCCGUGCUGGCAUUUUCGGUCGGGAUGGGCGUGAAGUUGGCAUCGCCUUUGUGCACCCCGAUUGGUUCAAAGCUAACAUUUCGAAGAGCCAUGAAUUUAUCCUUUUGUGCGAGGGGCGAGAUGUACGCGCGGAUAACGGCAGGAUGGAUGACGAGCCGGGGUGGAAGUACAAGAUGAUGCUGAUUGAAUGGCACGGAGAGUGGGCAGAGCGUGUGUCGCUGGGGUCAAUUGAGAAACACGAUUUGACUCAGGCGCUAGCACCUGGACCGGUAUGGAAGGAAAUCAUUUUGGGGUAG